AUUUCCCCAGUCCACAUGCCCCAGUCCGACACUGCUUGUGCCAUAUACAGAUGUAUGUUGUUGUGCACUAAUGAUUAUAUUAAUAUAUGCUGAACUUUUGAGAAGCCUUCUGUGCAGCGAUCACAGAACAUGUAUAAACUGACCGGACGCCGGCCGGGGCAUUGUGAGGUUGCUGAGCAACGCGAGGCGGUUUCCAGGAAACAGAACGUCCUAGAUUGCAGCCCUGCAGUAUGAGGGACUCCGCUGCUGGGCUCCGGGUCUGCUCUGCUGGUAGCUGGUGGCAGCAUGGCAAACAUCACUGUCUCUGACGUACUGGCACGACAGCUGGGCGCCUUGUGCCUGAAGUCCUUUCCCUGUGGCAGUGGGAACUGGAACAAGUCUAACCCCUUAACCAGAACAGCUGUGCCCCCAGACACGUACUGGGAAAGCAAUGAUCCAAGUGAGGAGAGGCCGGACACCUUGACAGAUCUCCUGACUCGGCGUCACUCACCGUGGGAACUGGAUGAGAACCGCAGUCCUGGGUCACAGCACAUAAGGGAGCUGGCAGCCAAAUUCCCUGAGCUGAUUACUGAGCACUUUAUCAAUUCCUACUUCAGAUCUCUCCGAGUAGUAGAUCAGGAGGUAACAGAAGUGGAUGUAAAGCUGCUUAAAUUUCAGAACCUAGAAGAACUAGUGUUAAGUGCAAAUAAAUUAAGAACAGUAAAUUCUGUUAAUCUUCCAAGAACAUUGAAGGUGUUGGAACUGUGUUACAAUAACAUAUCAAGCUUAAAGGAUCUUAGUAGUGACCCUCCUCCACUAAUCCAGCAUUUGGGACUUUCCUAUAACAGAAUUCAGUGCUCCUCAGAGGGAAGUUACCUGACUGCAGACCUCUGGCCAAAUCUGGUUUCCCUUGACCUAAGUUGGAAUGAUCUCACUGAUCUCUUUGGCCUAGUUCCCACACUCGCCACCUUGCAACAGCUCCGUAUCCUCGUGCUCCAGGGUAAUCCUCUAACUUUCAUUCCUGCAUAUCGAGGCUACACUGUAGACAGCCUACAAAAGCUAUGCGUAUUGGAUGAUGUCCCAAUAUUGCCGGACGAGAAGCAUACGUUCAGUGGAGUAUCCACACAGACAGAUUCUCUACAAAGUAAGGCAAAGUUGUUUGUGCGCAUUGGGGAAGUACAUGGCAUUCCAAACUCAAUUACUCCCACAGAACAACAGCACCCAGCUGAAUAUCCAGUCACUACAAUCAGUUACCACGUGGACUAUGAAUUUAUUGAGGAUCAGUCCAGCACAGAGUUGGAAGAGUCUCAGUCUUACGUGACCAACCAGCCCCGGCAGCUGACCACAGAGGGGAGUGUACAGCUGUCUCAUCCAUUGAGGUCUCACUACCACACUGGUUUCUACAAAACUGAUGGAUUAUCUUGGUCUGAAGUGAUGGAAUUUGGGUAUGUAAAGGAACACACAGCUACAGACUUAUUGGCUUUGAAGACUUUUCUUCUCUCUGGGAUGAAUGUGACUGUUACAGAGGAAAAGAUCCUGUCCUGGCCUCAGGAUCCAGAACAGAAUGAAGUUGCAUCAAAGCUGGACAAAAAGGGAAGUGAAAAAGGCAAAGCCAGAAGUAGCUCUAGUGAAAGUAAAGGUGGUUCAAAGAGUAAGAAGAAAAAGGAAAAUCUAAUUGCUCUCCGUCACGAUCCCCCAAUCUUAAGAACUCUUGGCUCUGUCAUUAUGCCUUUAAAAAACCUUGUUUCAGGAGAAAUGCAAACAUUUACUGUGUGUAACUUUGGGAUUUUGUAUACCAACUUAGAGCCAGCUCAGUGUGCCAACGACAAGAGCCAUCAGAACAGUAAUAAAACCAAGGAACGGAGGCUAAAAAGUGGUAGACAAAGUGCAGAAACUUCUAAGACAUCUGGGCCCACAUCAGGAAAAGUAAAACGUAAAGAAACUGAAGUUACACCAACAGCAGAGAAUUCCUCUCCCCAGCCAAUUCCCCUGACUGUAGAGAUUGAAGUCCGGCUCCCAGGCUGAGAUGUAUUACAGCUACUGUAUAUUUCCAGCAAUGUAAAAUCAUUCUUAGGUUUCUGACAACAGUUUAUCCUUUUACUGUAAAACUGUUACUUCCCUCAUUUUAAAACUGUGUACAGAUGGGAAUACACUAAUGCCACAGUAAAAAUACACUGCAAACUA